AUGGCUUCUCUUACCCCUAGCAUCCUACCCAAGGAUCCCCACACCCAAAUCAUUUUUGCAGGAGCAACUUUAGUUCUCCUUAUUGGUGUUGUAUUCGCCGUCACUUUCCACUCGACGAAGAAAAGAGAUGAAGAGAAUCCGAGCGCCUUCACCUCCUUCCUGCGAUUUUUCUAUGCCUCGUUCUUGAAGCCCCACAAUGGAGAUGGUCUCGGCGAAGGCCAGCAGGCCGCUCUCGAGAGCUUCUACAAGGCGCAAGCUGGUGUCUAUGAUGCAACUCGGAAGAGGCUGUUGCGCGGUCGAGAGGACAUGCUUGGAUUGGUGGCUGCUCAACUUGUGCGGAAGGCUGCAAGUGAACGCACCCAUGAUCCCAAACGUAUUUGGGUUGAUAUCGGUGGUGGCACCGGCUGGAAUAUCGAAGCAAUGUCCGAAUACGUCGAUGUCCCCGAAUUCUUCUCCAGCGUUUACCUUGUCGACUUUUCUCCCUCCCUCUGCGAGGUAGCUCAAAAGCGAUUCAAGCGUCUUGGCUGGAAGAAUGUGAAGGUUGUGUGCCAGGAUGCGAGGACAUUCCGCCUCGAGGAUUACGAGAGUGACAUUCCUGGCGCUGUUGUCUCCCGGUCUCCUUCAUCCUAUUAUUCGGAAGAUAAUGGGAAUGUUGGCGGUGCGGAUCUCAUCACACUCUCUUACAGCUUGUCAAUGAUUCCUGACUUCUAUUCUGUCAUCGACUCACUCGUUUCUCUCCUUUCGCCCACUGGUACAAUUGGAGCAGUUGACUUCUACGUUCAGUCGAACGUGGAUUUGACCUGCAGAAAUUACACCGGAGGCGUUGUAAAUCGUCACGUGAACUGGUUUGGACGACUUUUCUGGAGAGCAUGGUUUGAUGUGGACCGAGUUGGUCUCGAGGCUGGUCGUAGAGACUACCUCGAAUACCGAUUUGGGACAGUUCUGAGCACCAACUCUCGCAACACUCUCUUGGGCUCAAUCCCCUACUAUGUCUGGAUUGGUUGCCAGAAGAAGCCGGCUUCUUCACUCAACACUCCAAAUUUUCCCCACGAAAUUGUUCAUCGGCUGGAUGCAGCUGCCACGGAAUCUCCUUACUUGUCUCCAAUCAAUCACACAAACGCCCUUUCUCGCGCUGUCGACAAUUCCACUCCUCCUGAGCUUCGCUCAAAAGCCUUCAAUGCGGCCAUUGUUAAUCUUUCAGCAAACUUGCCACUCCCUUCCUUCUUUUACCAGAAUCACCACUGGAGAAUUCAUUACGACGACCAGCUGAAGAAGCACACCCAGUUCAAGAACGAGUACAUCUAUGCUUUUACCUGGGAAGAUUCCCGAGUCGACCAACGCCUUCUCAAGCUCACCUCGGACGACGUCGUUUUGGCCAUCACUUCAGCCGGCGACAACAUUCUUUCAUACGCACUCUCGUCUCCAGCCCGCAUCCAUGCCGUGGAUCUCAAUCCCAACCAGAACCAUCUCCUGGAGCUCAAAGUUGCAUCUUUCACUGCCCUGCCCUAUAGUGAUUUCUGGAAACUCUUCGGCGUGGGCAAGCACCCAAAUUUCCGGGACCUGCUUGUCUCCCGACUCUCACCACACUUGUCGUCACGUGCAUUCCAAUACUGGCUCAGCAAUGCCGACGUGUUCUCGUCGAAACGCUCAAAAGGCCUCUACGAAACCGGCGGUUCUCGCCACGCUAUUCGAAUCCUGCGUCUUCUUUCCCACGGUCUCGGAUUCAGCUCUCAAAUCAAAUCCCUCGUCGAAUCCAAGACCCUGAACGAGCAGCGCGAGAUCUGGACUAAGAAGAUCCGGCCCAUCAUCAUGUCCCGCCUGCUCUCCUACCUCAUUGUCUCCCAAGAGAAGUUCCUCUGGGCCGCCCUUGGAGUUCCACACAACCAGCUCGCCAUGCUUGAAGCAGACCACAUUGCAGCCGAGACGCACACCUCGCCUUCCCCUCUGGAGCACACCCCCAAAGAGCUCAACUCCACUCGCGGUGCAGCGGUCUGGGAAUACAUGGUCCAAACUCUCGACCCCGUCAUCGAGUCCUCCUUGAUCGGUGAAGACAAUCCAUACUACCUCGUCUGUCUUCAAAGCUCCUACAGCCAACGCUGCCACCCGGACUACCUUAAGCCAAAGUCCCACCAGAAGCUCUCCCGUGGUAACGCCUUCGACGGUCUCCGCAUUCACACCGAUGAGAUCAAUGAAGUUGUCUCCCGCCUCACUCCAGGUACACUCACCGUGGCUGUCGUGAUGGACAGCAUGGAUUGGUUCGACCCCGGCGCCGAAGCAGCAGCAACGCAAAUCGAGAAGUUGAACCGAGCCUUGAAACUUGGUGGCCGUGUCUUGCUUCGCUCAGCUGCGUUGACACCUUGGUACAUUGCUACCUUCGAGUCAAUGGGUUUCCAGGGAAGGAGAGUCGGUGCCAGGAUUGCGGGGGGCUGCAUUGAUCGAGUCAACAUGUAUGCAUCCUGCUACAUUCUCACAAAAACCGAGGAUCUUGCCCCACUCACGCCGAAAGCCACACACUCUAGCCGCGGCUCCUCCGUCGACCUCGAGAAACUCGAGAUCUGA